AUGAAGCAGACUGCUGCUUCCGACAACAACCUGCCCGUGGGCGAGGGCGACGAGUGUCCCGAUCGAGCGACUUUAGCCGCGGUGCAAGACAUCCCCGUGUACGACGCAGAAGGCAAUGCCGUGCCCUUUGGCUCGCUCUACCAUCCCGACACCACCCCACACCAACGACAAUUGAUCAUUUUCGUCCGACACUUCUACUGCGGUGCUUGCCAGGCCUAUGUCAAGGCGCUGGUCGAGGGCAUCAGCAUCGAUGACUACUACAGCAUUCCCACUCCCACCUCCAUCAUCAUCAUCGGCUGCGGCAAGCCCGAUCUCAUCCCCCAAUACCGCCGAUUUACCAACCAGUGUCAAUACACCAUCCUCGCCGAACCGACUCGCAUGUUGUUUAAGAAGCUCGGCAUGAACUGGUCUAUGUCACUCGGGUCGGAACGACCAGAUUACAUGCGCGAGAUCUCGGUGCUGGAUGUGGUCAAAGGGCAGGUGAGGGAUGUCAGUGGGGCGGUGAAAGACCCGGAGGGCAUUCGGAAACGGGAUGUCUUUCGAGGGGGCCACCCGCUGCAGAUUGGCGGCGAAUUUCUGUUUGAAGAUGGCCAGGUCAUCUGGUGUCAUCGGAUGAAGCACAUGCGAGGCCAUGCCGAAAUCAGCGUGCUCAGGAAACUAUUGGAACUCGACGAUUGA